CAUGAGCACCAAUUGCUGUGAUUAGAAAUUGAAACUACGGUAACUUAGAGUUAAAUCAGAAGUUAGUCUUAUCCUUUAUAUUCCAUCUUUGUCCAUGUGAUUUGCAUCAGAUUCGAAUGUAAUGUCCAACAUUUAUGUUAGGACCGUCUACCAUAUGGCAACUUUUUGUUUCCUUUUAUAUUAUGUAUUUUCCUUGGUAUCUGACAGAAAGACUUUUCAGGUUAUAAAUGACAUGUAAAGCUAUGCGUUUUUUAAUAGAUGAUAUGAUUUAAUACAAUGCAAUAUAAUAUAAUUUUUUCCAUGCUAUCUGGGUAGAGCACAACAAUUCGGGUUACAUGUAAAACUGGGUAUUGUUUGAUUGGCUCUUUGCCAUCCAUAGACACAAAUGAAACGAAGUGACAGUUCAAUAGAAAUUAGUCCUGCAACUGUGUUAUAUUCAUUAAUGGCAAUGGAUAUAUUUUUUUAUGCAAAUGCUGUUUUUCUAUGUAAUAAUACCUUUGCGAUUUGAGCAAGGAUAAUGUGAUAUUUCGAGGUUAGGUAUAUGUUAGAAAGAGAUUGUUGCUGCAUGGAUACAUCUAAUGCACUCACAGGUACCCAAUUUAAAUUAAAUAAAUAAUUGUAAUGGAGACAAUUUAGGGUAGUGGGUGAAAAAGGUUUCAUAUGGCUUAUCUUGGUGUCACAAUGACGGCUUGCAAGUUGCAGGGCUCCCAUAUGGUAGAUCAUGAUGUCACAAUGAAGGCCUGCAAUGCAAGUUGUAUUGUAUUUUGUUUCUAAAGUUAGUAUUUAAAUAUGUAUCUGCGAUCAAUUUCUUUUAAAGCAUUGUAAAAUAUGAAAUAAGUUAUAUUUAGGAACUGAUAUAUUUCUCCUUUAUCAUUUUAGACACCACUUUGUUAGUGUGGCUUUUUUUCUGAACAGCCAUAAUAAUCAGAUGCAGAAACACAGAUGAAAAAGAAAAGAGAUUUUAUCCCAAAUUGGAUGAACAUCUGCAAGGUUAAAAAGGUAAAACAGCAUAGGAGAUGGUGGGAGCUUAUAUACACAACAUAAAAUAAAAUAAAAAAACAACUCAGGCUUAGUUUUAAGGAGAAUUCUUUAUGUAAAAAAAUGUCAUUUAGUCUAGCGACAAAAAAUAUUUGGUAGUAAGAAAGAAUGUGUUUGUUUCAUCAUAAGCUGUUAUAAUUAUUAACUCUUUUUUAAAAUCUUAUCAACUAGUAGAAAUUCAUAAGAAAUAUCCAUGUUGCAACAAAGGUGUGGAUUUAUAAAUUGCCUGGAAAUGAGAGGCUAAUGUUUCUGGUGUUAUGCCCUGCCUGAAUUGAAUAUUGUAUGUUCAGAUCAUGUAAGAUGUUUUGUGGCAAACAAAACUGCUGCGUCACUGAUUUCAUCAUGCAGCAGACAUUGUAAUAUAAAAUUUAAGAAUGACAGCUCUUGGCUGGUAUUGCAAGAUAACUAUAACUCAAGUAAUUUAUUUGUAUAUUCUAACCCUGCAAGAUGCUUGUGUGAUAAAAUUAAUGGGGUGGCUUCUGCAAACAAGAAACGCCAAUUCUCAACUGCUUUAAAUAAAAGCAUCGUUAAUUUAAUAUCUGAUUCUAGCAUCUCAGUUGAGUUCAUUAACCAACAUUUCAUAUUAUCUCCCCCAAAAACAUUGGAAUGCUCUUAAUGAUGAUAGUAAUGUGACUUGUGGCUGUUGGUAACUACACUGAUUAUAAUAUCGUCCAUUUCUUAAAGCAUAGGAGUAAUUUAAUCGAGUUGUAGAUAAGCAUAAAUGAAGACAAUCAAAUAGAAAUCACUUUUAAAAAUGAACCGAAUCAACAUGAAGACAUUGCUAUUUGAUUUGGUGGGUUAAUAAAUUUCACUUGUAAUUUUAUAGUUCUCAGUAAAUUGUAAUUAAAAUUAAAAGUGUGUUAGGAGGACAAUUAUAGAUUACAGUGGACAAAACUACUUUUACAUACUAAUAAACUAAAAAGGAAUGUGAAAGUAAGAGAGUCAUUUAAAUAUGUAUUUUUUUCAAUAAUAAAAAACAUUUUUUUAAAAAUAAAAUUGUGACAAAAACUUCAAAUUUCAUAAUUCAAAACAAAAGUACUUCAAAUAUAAUAAUCAUUCAUCAUAAUAUUAUUUACACGGAUUGGAAAUACUAUUUUUUUUUUACUUUAUUGAAGCAAUUAUUUGAAUGACUGAUAAUCAAGGUAUAAAGUUUAUAUGUGAUUAUCCUUUGGUUUAUUUUGUGUUGUGUUGAAGCAAGCUACCCUAGUUUGCUGACAUAACUGGCAUUGUGUUGCAUUACAUGGCUGGCUGUUGCUGGCAUUUAUUUAUUAUAAUUGAGUUCACAUCAAUCACCCAAUAAGCAUUAAACAUUUAUAAUGCUUAAAUAAUUUACUGCAUAGCUUUAGGGUGCUCAUUCCUGGAAAAAGGCCUUAAAAUUAGGAUUCAAAGUCUUUACCACUUUGACUGGUCCAUUUAGUGGCUCCAUAAUAACCCAUCCAUUUCCAUUACACCCAUAAUUGUCACCUAAGAAACCCAAUCUUUCCUCCUAUUAAAGGAUUAGCUAUUUCUAUAAAUCACAAUGUACAGUGAAAACAUAGAAAAAAAAUUACAAAUACCAUGUAUAUACCAUAUGUAAUUUAAUUAAAAAUUUUCAUAUAAUCUUAAAAUUAAACUCCUUGUUUAACUAUGAAAGGAUGUCAGGUUUCUGGUUUUCAUAUUUCCAUAUGUUUGGUUAUAAUGUAUGUAUUUGAAAUGUAAGUAUUUUUUUUAUUAUAUUUUUUGCUGCUUAAAUAUUUAUUGCAUUUAGUUAUGUAGAAAAUUGCAUAUUAAUUAAAUCCAUUAAAUAAUAAUGAGGCAACAUAAUUGCUAUACAUACAAAAACCACAUUCUAAUAUUUUCACUAGAUAAGUUUAAAACGUGGCAAAGCUUAGUUAAAUAUAAAUCAAUAAAUUAACCUACAGUACUAAAGGUCAUAAAAAAUGUAGUUUGUAAUUAUUUUGGAAUUGGUUAAAUUCAAAUAAAUUAAUGGACUUGUAACGAGUGAAAAAACUUUGUCAAUUAGAAUAUUGUUUUCUUAUGUCCUAUUGUACUUGUAUUUAUAUUAUAAAAUUCAUCAAGGUCUCAAAAGUAAAAGUUUUGAACAGUAUGAAAACAUAAUUUCGAUUUUUAUUGUCGUUUAUAAAAAUUAUAUUAUAAAGUUUACCACUUAAUUAAAAAUAUUUAUUUCAUGUUAAACUUCUGCACGUUAUCAUACACAAAGUAUGUAUUUAUGUGUUUUUUAAACACUCAAACAUUAAUUACGCCCUCACCUAUUUGAUGUAUAUCAACAUAGAAAUAGAAACAAAUUUUUCAUAUGACAAAGUCAUGAAAAUUAAACAAGAAAGAAUUUAUCUCCAAUUUAGAUAAUGUAAUAGUAAUUCUACUAGCUUCCACAUUAUUUCCUUUAGUAUAUAUCAUCAAAGAUUUAUAAGUGAAUGUUUUCUGUUGUCAUAUUUUACAACAAAUAAUAUAUGAUGUUCUUUGAUUCAUGCAGUCAAAUGUACUUAAUAAAAAAAUAAUUCUUGUUAUUGUUGUCGUCUAAAGCUAUUAUUUUUCAUUAUAAAAUUGACUUAUUUUAAAAAAAUUACAUAGCAUCAUAGUGUAGUUGAAAACCAUUUGUUGUUUUGCUUGUGGUUUGAACAUUUGAAGUAAUUUCUCAGUAAACUUCUGUUAACAACAAUCCUAACAUGGUGUACUUACAAGAAUCUGACAAACACUUCUUAAGAAUAAUGUUCUUCUUUCUUGAACAGACAGGUCAAAAUGUUGUCAGAUUCUUGUAAGUAUACAUUCAGUGACAGUAUAGUUGGAACAUGUAUUCUCAUCCAAGCACCCUAUAAAAGCCAGAAAAGAAAAAGAAACUGUUUUUCUCUUAUUAGUUUUAAAUUUGAUAGAUAUGAGAGUUGUGGCUCCUACUUAUAGUUACCUACACUAAUUGAUGGUUGUAAAUUAUGUCUAUUCUAUAUGACAGGGAACACACCUAUUCAAUGUCUGUCAGUAUUUAUAGCAGCAAGUAAUAUGAUACUCUGAUUAGAAUAUUUUCUCAGAUGAUUUCUUUUCUUUCUUUCACAAAAGGUGAGUGUUGCGUCACUGGAAUGUGGCAAAUUGAUUAACGCAUUGCUACAUAACUGCAUAGCGUAAGAAGGGCAAGUCAAACUCUAGCUAACUUUUCUUGAUGACAACCUCUACUAGUUGAUCAUUAUGCUCCUUAUUUUGUGCUCAUCAAUUUGAACAUGAGUUCAUGACACUAUUAAAUGCACACCAAAAGCUCUCUUUUGGACCAGUUAAGUGACCCUUUUCCUUAUAUAUAUUCUAAUUUGAAAGCAUCACAAGACACACCUUCUUCCUUUCCUCAAUGUUUCUAUGCUCUAAGGAACACACAGCAAGUUCUUGAAUGCUACAUAUUACUUCAUCAGCAGAGUUAUAAGGUGACUGUUCUUUCUGGUAGGGUAUGUUAAUGUUUUGUUACCACUUGGUAUUAAAAUUACUGUCUCAUCUUUUGCUCAAAUUUUAAACAUCAAUUUUGUGUGGUUCUCACACCAGAAAGAUUCAUAGUAUCUAUCAUUUGGUUGUUAGGAUGUAAGAUUGUGAAAAGUCAGCAAAUAUUAUAUAUAGUAAAAGUUUUUAGUCUUAUGGGGUAGCCGCGUAGUAGACGUAUGAUUAUCCUUUAGAUUGCAUAUCGAGACAAAAAAUUGGAUUCAUAUUCCCCAAAUAAUGCAGCCAGAUUGUGAUCUUGUGUCCACUUUUUUUUAUUUAAUUUUGUUUGAAUGUUUACGCGUUAAAACUUGCUUUAAUAAAAUAGAUUCUGGGAAUGAUUUGUUCAUGUAAAAUACUAAGUUAACAUGAAGAAAUUGUAUGGGCCAAAUAGGAGUCCGCACUUGAUUGGAUUUAUAUCAAGUAAGGGAGAUGUAUUGUCCAAAAAGUUUAAAAUCAAUUGAACUCAACCCUUUUAUGUUUAUGUACACUUUUCCUUUGUUAAAUGUGGAAUUUUAUAGUUCUCCAACACAACUUUUUUUAUUUAGUUUUCGUUGUAUCGGUACAUGUUCAAACUUGUCUUAAUAAAAUAGAUUCUGGGAAUGAUUUAUUGAUGUAAAAUACUAAGUUAACAUGGCCCUACCAGAUCUUCUUAAGUUUGGUCAACUAUGCGUGUUUCGCCCUCAUAAAUUCUUCCUUUUCUCUAUAAAUAGUUCAGAUUUGCAUUGACAAAUGAUUACCAUGUUUGGCUCACUAUGAAUAUGCAGUUUUCUCUGCCAGGUUGAGGUGUGAUUUCUUUUUCUCUGCAUCUUAUUUCAUGGAGAAAAUGAGAGAGAAUAUUUCAGAAACUUGGCUAGUUUUGAUCUCAGUGAUAUUGGUCACGGCCAUAUUUGCAAAAAUAAUUCUAUUCAAGUUAGGGAAGGAAGAUAAAAGAAAAUGCAGAUUACCACCAGGAAGGAGAGGGUGGCCUUUGAUUGGAGACAGCAUCAAUUGGUACAAUGCUGUUGCAAGUUCUCAUCCUCCUCAGUUUGUUGAAGAAAUGGUGAAGAGGUAUGGUAAGAUAUUUUCAUGCAGCCUAUUUGGCAAAUGGGCAGUGGUGUCAGCAGAUCCAAGCUUCAACCGCUUUGUAAUGCAGAAUGAAGGAAGAUUAUUCAUUUCCAGCUACCCAAAAUCUUUCAGAGAUUUGGUUGGAAAAAAUGGUGUGAUCACAGUGCAAGGAGAGCAACAAAGGAAGCUACAUGGAAUUGCCUCCAAUAUGAUGCGUCUGGAGAAGCUUAAGUUCCACUUCUUGAAUGAUAUCCAAAAGGUCAUGGUCCAAACUUUGGGCAAUUUUAACAACAACCAAGUCAUUCUUCUCCAAGAUGUUUGUAGGAAAGUGGCUAUACAUUUAAUGGUUAAUCAACUAUUGGGGGUUUCAAGUGAGUCUCAAGUCAAUGAAAUGGCUCAGUUGUUUUCUGACUUUGUUGAUGGUUGUUUAUCCAUUCCAAUCAACAUCCCUGGAUAUGCAUACCACACUGCUAUGAAGGCAAGGGAGAAUAUCAUAAGCAAGAUAAACAAGAUCAUUGAGGAACACAGACAAAAGGGUGCUCCAAUGGAAGGCAGUGGUGUACUUGGAAGAUUGCUAGAGGAAGAAAGCUUGCCAGAUGAUGCUGUUGCGGACUUCAUUAUCAAUCUUCUCUUUGCCGGAAAUGAAACAACAACCAAAACAAUGCUCUUUGCAGUCUAUUUCCUUACUCAAUGUCCUAGAGCCAUGAAGCAGUUGCUGGAAGAACAUAGUUCACUGAGGAGUGAUUCUGGAGAUGAAUUGCUCACAUGGCAGGACUACAAAGCAAUGUCAUUCACUCAAUGUGUCAUUGAUGAAACACUGAGACUUGGGGGCAUUGCAAUUUGGUUAAUGAGAGAAGCAAAAGAAGACGUUCAAUACCAAGAUUUCAUUAUUCCCAAAGGGUGCUUUGUGGUUCCAUUUCUUUCAGCAGUCCAUUUAGAUGAGAAAAUAUACAGUGGAGCUCUAGACUUCAAUCCUUGGAGAUGGAUGGAACAUGAAAAUGAGGAAAAGAGAAACUGGAGAAGUAGUCCAUUCUAUGCACCAUUUGGUGGAGGUGCCAGAUUCUGUCCAGGAGCAGAGCUGGCACGCCUUCAAAUUGCUCUUUUUCUUCAUUACUUUGUUACUACAUACAGAUGGACACAGAUGAAGGAAGAUAGGAUGUCCUUCUUUCCCUCUGCUCGUUUGGUGAAUGGUUUUGAAAUCUGUCUAACAAGAAGACAGGAUGAGACAGAUUAGAAGAUGCACAAAGUUCACCUCAAAAUCAACCCUAGUUCUUCACUAAUUUUCAGUAAUUGUUUUCUCUGGCUAUUGUUUUUGCUGAGUUCUAUCUCAGUUCGCCAACAACAGUAUGUUUCAGAGUUCAAAUUCUGCAGUCACUUGCCAUGUAUAAAAUAUGAAUGUAAAAUUAUAUUUUUAUAUUGUAACAUGUACAUUACUCCUAAAAGGUUGUAUAGCA